AUGGCCCAAUCUCCCUUUUCCAUCCAUAGGGAAGGCCUGUGCCCCAACAGUGGGGACAUUAAUAGGCUGAUGAUGAUGAUAAUGAUGAAGGGCUGGAAGACGGUGUCGGGUAACCAAAAUGAAAACUACCCGAAUGCGGGCGUACACGACUCCGUAUAUUUACACUUAGUCGUUUACCCGAAUUCCAUUGAAACUCGUAUUCGGGCUAAUGACCAUGGGGAAAGUGUACCAGAUGACCAGUCUCCCCUUCGGGUUGUCAUAUGCACCAAAGAACUUCGCAACUGGGUAGGUCAUCUGCUGUGGAGAAAAGGUAUGAGAAUCCUGGUUUACCUAGACGAUUGGAUCAUCAAUCGCGAGAAAUCUGUAUUGACGCCGAGUCAAGAGCAGGAAUACCCAGGUACCAACUACGACACUGAAGGAAUGUCAACAACUAUUGGGGACUCUCAAUUUUGCCAGGUUCACAAAACCUGGAGGAAGACUGCAUUGCUGGCACCUACAGAGGUAUUGUCAGAAGCUCCUGACUUAGUCACCAGGCCAGUCAAAAGCUAUGACACCAGAAUUAAGAUCAGACAUGAAUUGGUGGAUGUCAAUCAUAAAAGAAGCCCCUACUAUGAGUGCGGCGGAGACGACAGCGGCCGCCGCGACGCCAGCCAGCGCGGGCGCCCCAGUGCCGCCGCUAAGUCGACCACGCGUACACGUUUGACAGACAUGAACAGUGCAACGUUUGUGAUUUUUGCCGCCUGCGCUGCAUUCGCGCACGCAGGCAUCCUGCUCGAACACGCGCCACAAUGCCCGGAGCAACACGGAGUACAAGCGUAUGCACACCCGGAGCUAUGCGACCAGUUCUUCCUGUGUACCAAUGGCUCCUUGACCGUGGAGACUUGUGAAAACGGCCUCUUAUUCGACGGCAAGGGUGCCGUGCACAACCACUGCAACUACAACUGGGCAGUCGACUGCGGUGAAAGAAAGGCUGACUUGACGCCAUUAUCAUCGCCCGGGUGCGAGUACCAAUUCGGCAUCUACCCUGAUAGCGCAGACUGCUCAACCAGCUAUAUCAAGUGCGCCUUCGGUAUCCCGGAGCAGGAACCGUGCACGCCGGGUCUGGUGUACGACGAGCGCACACACGGCUGCAACUGGCCCGACCUUCUCCAGCCAUUCUGCAACCCUGAAGCGGUGGUAGGCUUCAAGUGCCCCACCAAAGUACCGUCCAACACUCAAGCGGCCAAGUUCUGGCCCUUCCCCCGUUUCCCCGUGCCCGGAGACUGCCACAGGCUCAUCACUUGCGUGGAGGGCCAGCCCCGCCUCAUCACCUGUGAAGAAGGCAAGGUCUUUGACGACCAGAACCUCACCUGUGAAGACCCUGAACUUGUACCACACUGUAGCCACUGA